GUGCGCGCGAGCGAGCGAAGCAGCUGUUCGCCCCGGCGGCACCUUUUCCCGCGCUAUCCUCGCGCGCGCCCGGCCCAGCCCCGCCCCGUCCCGCGCGCCCUUUUUCCCGCGCGCCUCUCCCGCGCGCCUCUCCCGCGCCGCCCGCGCGCCCCGGCCCCGCCCCGCCCCGCCCCGCCCGGCCGCCGGGGAGGGGCUCGCGCCGCCGCCCGCGCGCCGUCCCCCCGAGCUGCCGCCGGCCCCGCGCGCGCCCCGCCCGCCCCAGAGCCCGCACGGCCGCGAUGUCCGACAAGGAGUUUAUGUGGGCCCUCAAGAACGGCGACCUGGACGAGGUGAAGGACUACGUGGCCAAGGGUGAAGAUGUCAACCGGACACUUGAAGGUGGGAGGAAGCCUCUUCACUAUGCAGCAGACUGUGGACAGCUUGAGAUUCUGGAAUUUCUGCUAUUGAAAGGAGCUGACAUUAAUGCUCCAGACAAACAUAAUAUCACACCACUCCUAUCAGCAGUCUAUGAGGGCCACGUUUCCUGUGUGAAAUUGCUUCUGUCAAAGGGUGCUGAUAAGACUGUGAAAGGCCCAGAUGGACUAACUGCCUUUGAAGCCACUGACAACCAGGCAAUCAAGACUCUGCUUCAGUGACGGAUGGACUGAUAUCUUAAAUGUCUCUCCUGUGGCCUCACACUGCUGCCUGUCUGUCACUCUUUGCAUCUUCCAGCUUCUUCAGCUAAAUACUUUGGGGGGAGGGAAAUUCUUUAUGAAUCAGACUAGUUAGGGGCUUGUAUCGAAGAUAAUCUGGUUGGAAAGGGUUGAAAACUAUUAUGAACAGUGUCCCUCCAGGACUUCUUUUCAGUGUACAAUCCCUUCCCAUUUCUAGUGAAAAUGGAAGAAGGAAGACAGACCAUGCUCUUAUAAGCCUCCUAGGUUAGAACUAAGAUUUUUUUAGAUGGAUGGAAGUACUUCCUUUAGAUGGAAGUACUGUGCUAUGUACCUGAAACUAAUUGUGAAGGAGACAAUAGUCCCAUGCUCUUAAGUGUCUACCAUAAUCUGAAGUCUAGUAAUGUAGGUGGCUGGGUUGCUUUUCUCCCUUCUCUCUCAGUGGGUAGCUUUAUUCUUCUGCCUAAAGCUUACGUUGCAGUUUUGAGGACUUUUGAUACUAGUUAUUUGAGCUGUUCUUUAUAUUGACUAAUUGGAUGUCACACUAAUGUUUUUCUGACUCUUGAGUAAACCAGGAAAGACCAGUUGAGGCAUGGUGGUGUUACACUCCAUAAUAUCUGCCAUCUGCAUCAAGGUACUUUUGGAUGCUUGAAUUUGAAGUUUUUCUGUCCAAUAUUUGUUCUAGUCCAGGACAGACAUUUUAAGUAACUGCUUUGAGACACUUCAAAAUUUCACUGUAAUUAUUUCCAAAAGGAUUGCAAGAUAGAAUUUCUUUACUCACCAUGUCAACAUAAAAUUUCUGGACACAUGUGAAAGCUUAUAGGCUGUUUGGUACGCAAGGAUAAUCAAGUCAAACGUGGAAAAUGAACAGUAAUUAUUUAGACAUUCAUAUCAGAUGAAUAUUGUUGCUGAAAUUUCCUAGAAAACAUGUAAGCUUUCCAAGUUCAGAUGUAGAAAAAGGAAGAUGUAUAAGUAGAAGUCUUAACUUGCUCUAACUACUGUAGAAAAAAACCUUUUAAUUGUGCAUAUCUUCAAAUCAGUGUUUCAAUGUUGAAUUAAUGAACCUCUUAAAUUUCAUUAAGGCAUGAGGCUUGUUCUGAAAGAUCCCAGAGCAAACAGACAACAUUAACCAUUGACUUUUAGAUAAGAUUUACUAUGCCAGUAAGUGUGACAGUACUAUGACAGGCUUGAUAAUUGCUGGGAAGGUAUUUAAUGACGUUGUAGGGAUUGUCAUCACAUCUUAUGGUCCUCAGCAAUGUCUGAGCUUCUGGCUUUCAUCCUGAAAAUUUUCACUAGACUGCAGUUUCACCCAAAACUGAGUAACAGAUUCUAUAACAAAAAAUUGUAUACCACAAACUAUACAUCUUCCUAUUUUUUGGAAUACAGAUUUCAAACUUUGUGGUAACGAACACAAUACAGAAAUCAAAUGUAUAUAAUGUCUCAUGAUGAAUUCUUAAACAAAUGUAGCCGAUAUUAUUUUGGUAUUACUGUUGAAAUUGAGAGGGUAUGUAGAAGUAGACUGGUGACUACCACUCAUAUUUAAUGGAGACUUAGUUUUACUUGAAUCACGUUGCAUAUUACGAUUGAAUGUGUCAGCUAUGAAAAGCAUUGCAUUUAGACUGUAAAAUGAGAGCAGAAACUGAUUUACAUCUACACAUACCAUAAGAAAAACAAUGGAGAAAACAAUCAACUCUGGCCAUAAACUGUACAGUGCAAUUACUCUUUCUUUCUUGGAGAUGGGUGGCAAGGAAGAGCAGAAGGGUUGGAAAUCAGUGAUAAAUCAAUUGGUGAGCUGCUGUUAAAAGAACGAGAAUAUUUGGUGAACAAUGCUUUUAAUAACUAUUUAUAAGAGAACUCUUAAAUCUUAUCUCUGAUCAGUGCUGGAUUGUCAUGUCAUUGUAAUAGUGUGAACACAGACUAUAGGUUUAACUCUUUAUUCAGCUAUGAAAGUAACAAUCUUUGGCAUCAAUUUGCCUCCAUAUUAUGCUAUUAAAUACUUAGCUAUUAAAAUACUAGUCUAGAAAACUGCAAUCUGUUUUUACGUGGAGAACUUGAUCAUUCAAGUUUUUUAUGUUGAUUAGUGUCAAGUUGUCUGGCCAUAGUGGUUUCGGUUUUUCGUUGGGUUAUUUUUCCUCUGUAUUCUUUCCUGCCCUUCCCUUCAACUCUCAUUUAAAUGAGCAAAGAAACAUCAUCUUUGUACUAACUCUUCUGGUGAUUCACUGAGGCAAUUUUGCCUCCCUUUUUCUACAAUUAUGGGAACACCUUAUUUUUUCUUACUUCACCCUAGGGGGGAAAAAAAGCAAACAGACUUCAGUGAGACAAGUGUUAAUUUGGCUGUAAUAUAUACCCAAGCUGCCUUUCAAGAUAGUGAAAAGAUGGCAUUUAAUGCUUGGCUUAUAAAGAAGAAAUACUUUUUUGCUUUUUGCACUACAUAACAGGUGAUUAAUCAUUUUGCCCAGGAUUUAAAAAAAAAAAAAUAAAAGCUUAUGCUUUUGUAAUUGUCUGGAGACUGGGCUUGUUUGUUUGUUCCUUUCUUGUCAGCUAUUUUGUGGAAAAAAUAAUGGGUGGCUUCCUCUAUCUUUGAGUAGGUCCUAACUAGAUGAAAAUACCAAACUGUAAAUUAUUUUUCAUUCUAUUAACAGAACUUAAAUAACUUUAUCAGACUGGAAUUGCAUAUGCUUGGAAAUCCACUCUGUUCUUAAAUCUUUUCCUUUAAAAUUUGUGCUGAAUAAGUUAUAACCUUAAGUAUAUUUCAGAUUUUGUACCCUCCGCUCCUUUUUCGUAAUGGGGAGCAAAUGAGAAAAGGAGUACAAUAGUUCAAUGGAACUGAACAUAACAUUGAUUAUUUGUAGAAGAGGCUGGUAAGAAUUGAGUGUCCUAGGUCAAGCAAUUGCAGUGUUGCAUGCAAAAUUUCAAAAUGAACUUGUCUUAACUAUAUUUUGUAAAUGGAUAAACAAUCAUCUUUCUACGCAGUGACAGAAGAAAAAUUAGUGCUCUGUGCAUUUUGAUAUUUGACUUUCUCUUUUCACCAUUGUUAACUGUUUUGACACAGUUGGGUUCAUCAUUAUCAUGGUUCAUAGACAUCAGAAUGCUAAAUGAUACUGUAUUUUUAAGUUUGUGUUGCAAGAAUGAAUGGAAUAAACUUGAAUUGUGCGA